UCCAUGGAAUUUUCCAUACAAGAAUACUGGAGUAGGUUGCCAUUUCUUUCUCCAAAUAUAGGUGUAAUUUAUGGCUAACAAUAUGACAAGGAUUACCCUCUAAAAUAUUGUCUCUGUGCUUUACAGAAAAGUAUUUAUCUGAAUGGUAGUAAGCAACAAUCCCAUCAGAUACUAACUGAUGACCUUGGUCUUAAAUUUGUACAGAUGAAUUAAUCUCACUGGCUUUCUAUUCUUAUUUAGCCUAUAGCUGUAAGAGGUUUAGAGGAGCUUUCUAAGAGCAUAUGUUAACCUCAAGUUUUAGUGAAGCGUGAGACUAAAUUUAGAAAGACCUUACAUGAAAAUAGAAAAAAAGCUAUAGACUGUGAAUCAGGAUGGGGACUGACAAAUCUGUAGCGGGUGGUGAGACAGCAGUUCCUGCUAAUGAGACCUGUGGUACAGAAAACUUACAAUGGAAUACCCAUCCAGUCUGCAAACACUGCCUGAGUUUGACACGCUUGGGUCUGCAAGGUCUGAAGCAAAAAGUCAGUCGACAUGUUGAUCAAGUCUGUAAUACCAUGGACAAGAACAAGGAUGGAUUUAUUGACUUAAGAGUUUAUUGCUGCUGUAAAUCCAGUAGUACAAGAAAAAUGAAGCAAAAAUUAAAGUGGUAUUUUGAGCAAUAUGAUGUCAUCGGAAAUGGUUCUGUUGUCUAAAGGGAACAUCUUCGUGGUAAGUGAAGUAGUGAGGCAUCCUUUGCAGGACACUCUAGCGUUAACUCCAUCUUCCUCCCUGUGGAGUCAGUGACAGUUCCCCAUGUGGUUGGCUAUUCUUGGGAUGUGUAUUUGGAAUGGCUGAAGCAAUGUCAGUCUCUAUCCUGUUGGUUACUGAAUGUGCAACUGCAUAUCAGCAUUUUCUUCUAGGUGCAGUCCACUCUGAAGUUUACAAAUUUAGAACGGUA